UAUUGUAGAACUCGACAUGGGUACCUAUUAUUAAUCCAUAUUAUGAUAAAAUAGUGUAUCUCACAUCAUGUUCAAGUAUCUGAUAUUUCAUCCGAUUCGUCGGGAACCGGAUUUACUGAAAGUGGUAUUGGAAUAGUUCGGAAUUAAAAUCGAGUAAUAUAAGUGUGUUUUAGAUUAUUUUUUAGUACUCAUUUUUAUUGUAAUUUUAGCGUAAUAAUAUUCAAAUAAUAAUAUUGUUGGUACCUAACGUUUUUAAGUUUUUUUUUUUUAAUACUUCUAUACGAACUAUUCAAUCUUAUUCUAUAAGUAGUUCAUGCAAUAUUAUUUUGAAUGUCUAUCUUUAAAAUAUUUUCUUACUAUCGGUGAUUUAUUAUUGUUAAUAAUAAUAUAAAAUAUUACAUAUAUGAAAGAAAAAAAGAUUAAGCUAGACGUCGGGUGGAAAUCAGAGCAGCGUGUGUGAACCGCUGCCAUGGUUGACGCAGUUUAUCGCGGUAACAUCGACGAAUUAUUGUCUGUGAUUAACCACCUGAAGAAAUACAUAAUCGCAUUCAUAAUCGUUCUGCUAGUUCUGUUAUCGGUGUUUCACUUCUCCAAAUUUUCAGUGCAUGUCGUGCCGCUGAUCAUCGUCACGUUAGUGCUGUUGCCGGCCGUCUACUACACGACCGUUCUCGUUCUGAAAUUCAGCACCAACGUAAUAGCUUCGAAUCAAGCCGGAGAAGUUUCGACUAUGAAUUCUAACAACAACCAACAAGUUUUAAAAACUCCCGACCUCCCGUACCCAAAUAGCCCGACCCCGCCGCCGACGUACGAGGAAGCGACGCGAAAUGACCAUUACUAUCAACCACAAUCAUGGUUGCCUUCAACUAGCAGCGGGUAUACCAGCAGUAACCAGUCGACUGUACCCGCUGUGUUCAGUGUCGAGUACCAGUACAAUGAUACCAUGUCAAAUGUUCACAGUGGAAGACCGGCUACAAGCAAGGCCAUAACAACACUCAAUCAGACUCCAGACAAUUACACGUCGUCGCACAAGACAACGAUCCAAAACAUUCCCAGUGUGACCAUAACUUUAGACAGCGAUCAACACCCAACUGAAAUUUAAUAAAAUAAUAACAGCCGUGAGUCCAACGCUGAGUAUCCAGAUUUGAAUUUAUUCGAAAUUAAGGGGUUUUUGGAUAUUUAUGAUAACUAAAAUAAAUUGAACAAUUUAGGUAAUUUGAAUUGUUAAGAUAAUCUAAAAAAUAUGGACAAUUGGAUUUUC